CCAUGAAGACAGGCCCACCAUGUUCUAUGGGACCCACUUCAUCAUGUCUCCACCCACCAAGAGCAAGCUGAAGCGACAGAACCAGCUGCUGUCCAGUGUGCUGUCCCGGACGCUGAGCUACAAGUACCGGGACCUGGACACCACCUUUGCCAACCUGGGCGCCAGCGAUGACCCCGCGGAGCUCUCCACCCAGCUCUCAGCCCCUGGGGUGCUGAAGGUGUUUGGGGACAGCGUCUGCACGGGCACCCACUACAAGAGCGUCCUGGCCACCGGCAGGUCCAGUGCCCAGGAGCUGGUGAAGGAGGCCCUGGAGCGCUACUCCCUGCACCCCGAGAGCGCCAGCCAGUACGUGCUGUGCGACGUGGUGGGCCAGGCCGGUGACUCCGGGCGGCCGUGGCAGGCUGAAUGCUUUCGGGUGUUCGGGGACAACGAGAAGCCCCUCUUGAUUCAGGAAUUAUGGAAACCCCGAGAAGGCUUGUCCCGGAGGUUUGAGCUGAGAAAGAGGUCAGACGUGGAGGAGUUGGCCGCCAAGGACAUUGACACCGUGACGGCUGGGAUAAACGCCCAAGCCCGGAGGCUGCAGCGGAGUCGCGCCAAGGGGACCCCAGCCCUGGCCUCGGGGGGCGCCCGGAGCCCCCCUCCACCCCCGCUACGCCGCUCAGCCAGUGAGACCAGCCUGAGUCCCGCUGCUGCCCAGGAGCCCAGCCAGGACGCCAUGCGCUACUCCCUCUACGAGUCGCCCCACCUGCUCCUUCUGCAGGGCUACAGCCAGCAGCAUGACAGCCUGGUCUACGUGCUGAACCGGGAGCGGCACACGGUGGGCCAGAGGACCCCCUCCAGCAAGCCCAGCAUCAGCCUCUCGGCCCCCGACAUCCUGCCCCUGCACUGCACCCUCCGCCGGCACCACCCCUCGGACCCAGAGCAGGCGGGGGACCUGCUGGUCCUGGAGCCCAUCCCUGGGGCGCCCAUCGCUGUCAACUUCUCGGAGGUGGGGGGCCGGACGGUGGUGCUGCGCCAUGGGGACCUGCUGUCCCUGGGCCUCUAUUACCUGCUGCUGUUCAAGGAGCCGGCGCAGGCCCAGCCCCUGCCCGCCCAGGCUCUGGCUCGCCUCCGGGCCCUGCCUCACAGCUGCAGGAUGUGCGGCGCCCAGCUCCGGGCCUCGGGCACCUCCCGGCCACGGCGGCUGCACCUGGAGUUCGAGCCCGGCGUGGAGGACAUGCUGGUGCAGCGCAUCAUGACGCUGGUGGAGCCCGGCGGCGAUGACCACAAGCUGGCCCCCGCCUUCCUGCUCUGCCUCUGCAUCCAGCACUCGGCCACGCGCCUCCAGCCCGGCUCCUUCGGGCCGCUCCUGCUCAGCAUCGCCGCGGCGGUCCGGGAGGCAGUCUGGGAGAAAACCAAAGAGCUGGCGGAGAAGCAGGCGCACCUCCAGGAGCCCCUGCCCUCCACCAGCUCCUGCCUGGCCAGCCUGCUCCCCGAGCUGCAGCACGUCGUGCUGUGGAUGGCCAACGCCAUCGAGCUCCUGUACUUCAUCCAGCAGAAGGGCCCCCUGUACAUGCGGAGCCUGGAGCAGGAGCCGGACGUCACAGGCUCCAAGGAGUCCCUGUUCUCCUGCACGCUCACAGCCAGCGAGGAGGCCAUGGGGGAGCUGGAGGAGGUCAUCCUGUACGCCUUCCAGCAGUGCGUGUACUACAUCUCCAAGUCCCUGUACAUCUGCCUCCCGGCCCUGCUGGAAUGCCCCCCUUUCCAGACGGAGCCCCGGGAGAGCUGGUGCCCGGCCGCCCAGCUGCCCGAGGAGCUGCGUCGCGUCGUGUCAGUCUACCAGACGGCCCUGGACCUCCUGCAGAAGUCCCAGGUGCACCCCGAGAUCGCCGCCCAGGUGCUGGCCUACCUCUUCUUCUUCUCCAGCACUCUGCUCCUCAACCAGCUCCUGGACAGGGGCCCGUCUCUGAGUUGCUUCCACUGGCCCAGGGGCGUCCAGGCCUGUGCGCGCCUGCAGCAGCUCCUGGAGUGGGCCAGGAGCGUGGGCUUCGGGGAGGCCGGAGAGCGCUUCUUCCGGAAGCUUUCCUGCACGCUGGACCUGCUGGCCACGCCCCGGGCCCAGCUCAUCCAGAUGAGCUGGGCAAACCUGCGGGCCGAGUUCCCUGCGCUGAGCCCUGCGCAGCUGCACCGGCUCCUGACUCAGUACCAGCUGGCCUCGGCCAUGGGCCCCAUGAGUGCCUGGGAGCCUGGCCCCCAGGACCACCCUGAUGCCUUCAAGUCAGAGGACGUCCUGGAGUCCUACGAGAACCCCCCGCCCAUCGUCUUGCCGAGCGAGGGCUUCCAGGUGGACCUGGAGGCAGACUGCCCCGACGACAGCAUCUACCAGCACCUUCUCUACCUGCGCCACUUCCUGUGGGGCCUGCGGAGCAAGCCCAGCCCCAGCGUGGUAGGGAGAGCUGGGAGCCCCUUGGCCUGAGCUCUUUCUUUCCUGCAGGGCCUGCACCACCCCACCCCCGAGGGGCACCCCGAGGGCCAGAGCUGCCCCCUGGCUCCCAGGGACCCCAGCAGGGGAGCCUGUGAAGCUGGCUCGGCACACCUGCUUCCUUCGGCUGGGGCUCCCCAGGCACAGGGCCCUCCAGGAAGACAGCUGGGCCGAGGGAACCGUGGGGGCCCCCAGGCUGGAGCCCUGCACACAGGCUCCUCCUGCCUGCUCACGCCUCCCGGCACCCCACUCGAACCCACCGGCCCUGACUGGCCCAACCCUGGCGGCCCCUGUGGGAAAGCACCCCUGGAAGGGAGGAGGAACGGACCAGGCGGCCCCCGGGGGGCGACUCCAGAAGGAGACGGUGUGGUCCCCGAGGACGAGCCCCCUCCAGCCCCCUCCAACCGCAGCUCCAACGCAGACGACUCCUGCUACGUCUUCCUGGUGGAGCUGGAGCGAGGCCCCUCUGGGCUGGGGAUGGGCCUGAUCGAUGGGAUGCACACGCCCCUGGGGGCCCCCGGCCUCUACAUCCAGACCCUGCUCCCAGGCAGCCCUGCAGCAGCUGACGGCCGGCUGUCGCUGGGAGACCGCAUCCUGGAGGUGAACGGCAGCAGCCUGAUGGGCGUCAGCUACCUGAGGGCGGUGGACCUCAUCCGACAUGGCGGCAAGAAGAUGCGGUUUCUGGUCGCCAAGUCUGACGUGGAAACAGCCAAGAAAAUCCGCUUCCGCUCGCCGCCUCCCUAGGGGCCUGGGGGUCCGUCCCCUCGGGGCACUGGCCGCCGCCCCUCACCCUGUGGAUAAUGUACAUCUUAGUGUAUAUUUUAUUUAUA